GCUCGUGGCGUGCACGUCGGACAUAGGAGUUUUAGCGGAUUUUCCUUCUGACCGCGGCGUUGAAAAUCGUCGGUAAAAGAUAAUAAAAAAAACUAAACAAUCCAAAAAUCCGAAGCCCAAACCUCCGAAGGCAUCGCGAUAAAUUGCGCCGUUUAAAAAUUCGUGGUCCACAGUGAAAUCAAUAAAUUGUCUCUAAAAACAGAUGCGAAAAUGGGAAAAAUAUUUUUUUAUUCGUCAGUUAUCAAGAGCGCUAGCGAUAAUUGAGCGAUAUGAGGAAGUUCCCAGCCCAAGGUCGCGAGCCCUCGAGACGCAAAGACAAUUUGAGAAAAAAUCGUAAAAACUGGCUCCUGAAAUUACAAUAAAUCGAGCAUCGAUCCUUCCCAUUGUUCGACGGACCCGCGGAUCUCGGAAAAACGCUGAAAACCGUUGACAAAUAACCGGCCACUCUCGUCUCCGCGAGCAACCUUUAAAGCGUUAUUUCAAAUGUUAUUAAAAUAGAGUGACACGAGGUUAAACAAUAAAUCGAGUUCCGGCUCUCCCGUUCCAAAUGCCAAGGUGAUUAAUCGUCCGGAGCAUAUUGCACCGACACGAAUUGACCAAUUUUCCCCCCACCCUACCGAUCAAAAGCGUUUAUAUCGAGGGCAAAAAAUAAUCUUAACGACCAGAUAAACGCCGCGAUAAUACAGGACAAAUAAAAAACAAUAAUAAUAACACGUUAUACUACUGUGAUCAAAGAACACGCGUGUCAAUACUUCGUGAACUCGACACGCUCUGUUGCGAUUUAAAAAAAGAGGAUUAUCCAUGUUAUUAGAAAACAAAUAAACAAUCGCUGUCUCUCGCCGGGCGCCUCGAACGUUCUUUCUCCUCGCUUUGUUUACUUCCUUUUUUCUCUCCUACUUCCGUCGAGUCGUGUCAUGAAAACCAAAUCUGUCAAAAGCACAAAGAAAUUAAUAAACACGAAUAAAUCGACGUUUCGUCAGUUUUCGAUCGAUUCCUCGCCGGCCAAUCGAUUUAUCCAACGAUUCACAGUUUCUACCGAUCGGUGGUUGCGCUCGUUUGUUUUUCAACGAUUUUAAAUUGUUGAAAUACUCGGAAUUUCGUUGUUCUACACUGAAAAAGGAUUUUAUUCGGCGAGGAUGCAUCACACCGCACCUUGGUAUUUGCCAUGGGGCUUGAAACUCGUUCCUCUGCCAAUACCGCCUGGACAUCCGGCUUCCGGUAUUCCCAAUCCCGCAGGGCUGCAUCUUCUCGCACCACUUCCCGGUAUUUACGCUCCGGAGCCUCGAAAGGUCGACCUUAAACCCCUGAGAGAACCGGCGAUCGCGGUGCCAUCGCCAAAACUCGUGGAAAAGAGAAAGGCCGAAGAGGCAGACGCCAGCAAAGACCUGAAGAAGGCGAAGUUGGAAACGAAAGCUCUGAAAGCGAAAAGGCCCGGAUUCACGGACGAGCGUUACAACGAGACGAGUUAUUACGUUGAGAAUGGUCUCCGGAAGGUCUAUCCCUAUUAUUUUACCUUCACGACCUUCACCAAGGGUCGGUGGGUCGGUGAGAAAAUACUCGAGGUUUUCGCACGCGAAUUUCGCGCACACCCCGCUGAGGAGUACGAGAGAUGCAUUCGCGCUGGUACACUCACCGUCAAUUAUCAAAGGGUCGACGUCGACUACAGACUGCGACACAAUGAUCUACUCGCCAAUGUCGUACACAGACACGAGGUGCCUGUCACCUCGGAGCCGAUCACGGUGAUACACAUGGACGAGGACGUCGUCGUGGUCAACAAGCCCGCCUCCAUCCCUGUCCAUCCUUGUGGUCGCUAUCGCCAUAACACCGUUGUUUUCAUUCUGGCCAAGGAAUACAACCUGAAGAAUUUACGCACCAUUCACAGGCUUGACAGGCUGACCAGUGGAAUUUUACUGUUUGGGAGAACCCCCAAAAAGGCCAGACAGAUGGAGCACCAGAUUCGCAACCGUCAGGUUCACAAACAAUACGUGUGUCGAGUUGAGGGCGAAUUUCCUGAGGAAGAAGUCGUGUGCAACGAGCCGAUCGAGGUCGUUUCGUACAAGAUCGGUGUCUGCAAAGUAUCGGACAAAGGAAAAGAUUGCGUGACGCGUUUCAAGCGUUUGAGUUACAACGGAAUAUCAUCGGUGGUGCUGUGCAAGCCUCAGACCGGAAGGAUGCAUCAGAUUCGAGUGCAUUUGCAGUAUCUCGGUUUCCCAGUGGUGAACGACCCUUUGUACAAUCACGUGGUGUUCGGUCCGGAGAAAGGGAAGGGUGGAAAGAUCGGUAAGACGGACGAGGAGUUGGUGAAGGAUUUGAUCGGUAUCCACAACGCCGAGAAUUGGCUCGGCAUGGACGGCGACUCCGAGAUGAGUUUGUUCAAACCCAAGCUGGACAUGGAGGAUCGAGUCUCGAAUUCGAGCAACGAAAAAGAGCUUUCACCGUCCUCGACCCCGGGGCCAAUCGACGAUGAAAAUCGUCGCGAAAUUCUCAAUCUCGUUCAAAACGAACAACAGGAACAAGCCAAACAACAAAACGCAACUCAAAAAGUUACCGUCGGCACGCAAACCGGCUCCGAAGCUCCGGACUCGAGCUUUGCCAAUGACAAAGUCACCGUCGACCCUCACUGCUACGAGUGCAAAGUCAAAUACCGCGAUCCCAAACCAUCCGAUCUUGUCAUGUAUUUACACGCCUGGCGCUAUUGCGGACCCGGAUGGGAAUACGAAACUCCGCUGCCCGCUUGGGCCUCGAGCGAUUGGACCUCCGACGAUGAUCGAUAGUCCCCAACCUCCUCCAGCCUUUUUAUCCCUUCUUUUUUUCUCCUUUCCUCUUUUAAUCACGCCUGACGGUUCUCCGGGAUCCUCCACUUUCUCGAACUUUCAUCAUCUCGGGACGCUGCUCCGACUGAAUUGCUGAUAAAAUUCUCAGUUUUACUCCUUUCUCUCUUCCUUUUUUUUUACUUUCGAGCGUUUUCGAUGAUACUUGGACAUUUUUUUCUGGAAUUUGAAAGAAUCUUUGAUGCACAUUUUGAAGAAAUUUUACUCGAGCAAUAGUGAGCUUGAAGUCGUUUGCUCUUUUCUGAGGAUACAAUUUUAAUGAAUUUCUUUGAAUUUCUUUUCAAUUUUAAUGAAAAUCUUUGAAGAAUGAACUGUUGAAAUAUGCGAAGGAGGACAGAAAAGGAUUUUUUCACAAUUUUCAGUCGGAAUCGCACCUCAAUUUUACUAUAAUUAUAAAUAAUAACAUAACUAUGAAAACUAUUGUUAUAAUAACUGCUGCGAGGUUCGCGACGAGCAAGAAGAAAAUGUAAACCUUAAACAGAGAAAACCCCCUUUUGAUAUCCUACCCCGUGCCUUCCAUCCACACCGACCUUUUGCGCGAGCAUUGCCUCCGAAAAAAAUCAGCCCCCGUUUAGGAUGCACAUGAGUCUGGACUUCGAGAGCUGAAAGAAAUGGCUCAGUUGUUAGUUAGUCGCGAGAAAUCGACGAAGAACGAUGAUCGAGCGAGUCUCGAACUGAUUUUAGUAAAGUAUCGGCGGGAUUGUCUUUGUAUCGGCAGCGGCUUCCGGUCCUGGAAUCGUGGGACCAAUCACGCUCCGCUCUAGAUUUAUUUUUUCCGAUUUUUUCAUCACGAAUCCCAUUUUUCCUAUUUUUCUCGUAUCUUUUGUUUUUAUAAAUCGAAGAAAAAAGUUUCCUCGUCGAAAAUCAAAGACUCUCGCGGUCCCGGCAAGUGACUUAAUGGAGAUCCGACAUGUAGCAUCAAUCGCAAUAGAAAAAACGUCUAUUUUUAUAGGCCGAUUAUAUAUUGGAUACGUGUUAGAAGAAUGAUUUUGAAAAUUGCAUUUUUCAUUGAAAAGGGACGUCUGGAUCGAACUUACGAGGCGUUUUCAUUUGUUUCCCAAAAGAAACUGAAGAUAUUUUGAAAAAAUUACGAUACGCACGAAGAAGAAACAAGGCGAUCCCGUUGCUUUUCAAAAAUGCAAAUUUCAAUGCUAUUUAGAAAAGAGUGAAAGAGAGAGAGAGAGAGAGAGCAAAAAAAAUUAGGUGAGAAAAAUGCGCGUGGCCCGGUCAGAACAGGAGCUUUAUUUCUAACAAUCAAGGCACGAUCGAUCGACGUGUCGAAAAGAAAAUAAAAACAAAAUCGGGGCACGCGACAUGAUCGUGACCAACGGAGAGAGCGAGCACGAGCGAGCUUUAAUCAUAUCGUAAAACAAACAAAUGAAUGACAAAAUAAAACACGUUGUAAAAGGAAAAGUCGAUUUGACCCUCGCCUCCUACCCCCACGCAAUUUUUUGACAAAAUUGUACGACUAAAUUGGGUAGAAACGAAAUUUCAUGAAUAAAAACUUAUUUUUAAUUCACGAUUGUCAAUUGAUUCAGCACCGAAAGUAACAAAUUGUAAAUUCAUUUAUUUAGCGUUGUUUUAUGUUUAUACCGGCCAAAGCCGAUUUUGAGGUGAACUGAUUUUGCCGAAGCUUAAUUCAUUCGAAUCAAUUUCGACUGGUAAUUGAGCCGGAAAAACUAGUUUGUCUUAAACAUUCGGUAGAAAAAGCGAGUCUUUCCUGGCAACGGUUUACGAAAGCAAGGCAUUUGCUUAAAAAAAAUGUAGAAAAAAAACGAGUUUCCCUUAACGAUCGUAUUUCGUUGGUGAAUAUGUGUUUAAAUGAGGGAACUUGUUUCUGUAUAGAGACGUUUUGUUAAUUAGCUAAAUUGUGAUUGAAAUGUUGACAACUUGCGGAAACAAUGCAUGGGUGGGGGGUAAAAAUUUGGAAGAGUUUGUUGGUACAUAUUGGAAAAACUGGAAAUUGAACUUUUACUACAGAAAUGAAAAUCAUUAUUUGCACUAGUUAGCGAAAUAAUAACGAAAAAAUGUUCAUUGCGUUUUGACAUGAAGGAAACGUCGUUGGAUUUGUUGAAUCACUUUGUUGACCAAUCGAGGUGUUCAGCUGUAAAAAUUAGCUUGAGCUCUGAUUUGUUUAUCGACUAGAAACAUUUUCGAAAAUUUAUUUUUAUUUUGAAAAUAAAUUUUCCAAAUUUUGCAUAAAUAAUGAAAAGUUUGUCUUUCACUCUCGAACCACUUGACCAACUGUUCGAUCAACAAAAAUUUGUACUCAAUCUUUUUAUGUCGAAUGAGAAGGGCUCAGAAGAUCUGUUCAGUGAACGGAUUUGUGAGCAUGUGUAAAAUCAUUGAAAGUUUCGUUGCGAAUAUCGAGUCUCAAUUUCUGGAGUGUGUACGACAAAACCGAGUGACGAGGGGCCGAUAAAUAAAAUAAGGCAACAACGGACCUACCAUAAAAGACAGUUUGUGCGCUUAACUAACAAGAAUAAAAUAAAUAAAAAUAAUAAAGAAAAUAUGAAACGAGGAACAAGCGAAGCCUCCCCACACGUUGCUAAAUUCGUCUGAAAUCAAUCGACGAAUAUUUUUGACGCGUCCUCUUAAAACCGCCUAGCCCCGUUUACUCUUAUUUUUAAGUAAAAAAAUACGGAAGAAAAACGAAACGGUUAUUUCGACAAAAAAAUAAGAAAAAUUAUAUAUAAAUGUAUGAAAAUAUGGAAGAAUGAGUGAGAAAAAGCACGAAUGAGAACGAGAAAUUGGAAGAGAGAAAGAGAGAAAAAUGCAAAAAAGACAGUCUCGAUUUAACGCCAGGUAUGAAAAUAAUUAAACAAUUAUCUCUUGUAAAUCCAUGCGAGCGCUUUUGUAUAUAUUAUAUAUAUAUUGUAUACGCACACAUUGUACCGUUAUUGAGACAAAAUUGAUAAAUAAGGUGAAAAAAAAAUAAGUGAAUGAAAAUAUGAAGAAAAAUCAAAGAUAUGAUAAAAUAAUGGGCAAAAUCGACAUAUUUAUCGUAUGGAAAUAUUAUACAUAGUGUUACGGAACGUUUAGAGUUCGUGAUGAUAAAUAAAUCAAUUUAAAAGAAAAGAAAAAUCUCUUGUA